AUGUCGAAGGCUGCCAAGGACACCCAGCAAACGUCGCUGCUGGACAUCCUAAAGAAGAAGAUGCGCCAGGCUCGUGAGGAAGCAGACAAUGCCAAGGACGAAGCGGACGAGGCGAAGCGGUGUUUGGAGGAGGAAAAGAAGAAGCGCGAGGAAGCUGAGGCCGAGGUCGCUGCUCUUAACCGUCGCAUUCAGCUUCUUGAAGAAGAUCUAGAGCGAUCGGAGGAGCGGCUCAAGAUGGCAACGGAAAAGUUGGAGGAGGCAUCAAAGGCGGCCGACGAGAGCGAACGUGGUCGAAAAUCGAUGGAGACUCGUUCCAUGCAGGAUGAGGAAAGGGCGAACCAGUUGGAACAGCAGGUUACGCAAGCGAAACUUAUUUCCGAAGAAGCAGAUCGAAAAUACGAGGAGGUGGCUAGAAAGCUGGCAAUGGUUGAAGCUGAUUUGGAACGAGCCGAAGAAAGGGCGGAAGCAGGCGAAAACAAAAUUGUUGAACUGGAAGAAGAGCUACGCGUCGUGGGCAACAAUUUGAAAUCGCUGGAAGUUAGCGAAGAAAAGGCGUUGCAACGCGAAGACUCAUACGAAGAACAGAUUCGACUUCUGUCACAGAGGCUCAAAGAGGCUGAGAGUAGAGCCGAGUUUGCUGAGCGUUCGGUGCAGAAAUUACAGAAGGAAGUCGACAGGCUCGAAGAUGAACUGGUCGUUGAAAAGGAGCGCUGCCGUCACUUGACGGAAGAAAUUGAACAGACAGUGCAAGAAAUUCAGGCUAACUAG